CUCGUUGGUGUGGUUGAUGCACGCAGUACAGCCUGCACUGUGCGUUUCGAUUAACGAGAGUGAAGGCUAACGUUACAGGCUGUGUCUUUUAAGAGAACUUUAGUGGGCUCUCUUCACAAAUCACAGUCUAACAUCAAGAUGGUUAUUAAAGUAUUUCUAGCCUCUUCAUCGGGAUCCACAGCGAUCAAGAAGAAGCAACAGGAUGUUCUGGGCUUUCUUGAAGCUCUCAAAAUCGACUACACACAGCUGGACAUCGCCUGCAACGAGGAGAACCGCAGGUGGAUGAGGGAGAACGUCCCUGGAGAAAAGAAACCAGAGAACGGCAUUCCUCUUCCUCCACAGAUCUUCAACGAGGAGAGCUACUGCGGGGACUAUGAAACAUUUUUUGAUGCUAAGGAAGACAACGAUGUCUACACCUUCCUGGGGAUUCCACCUCCACUUGGCUUUAAGGCAGCUCAGCAGGUGGUAGAACCUGUUUCCCAGAACGGAACCAAUGCUGAGGAACCCCUGGAUGAUGACUCGACAAAAAAGGGGGUGCCAACGGAGGAGCAAAACGGACAUGCUGAGGGGGAGCAGGUGAAGGAGGAGGAGGCAGCUCCCGCGGAGGAGGACGCAGCGCAAGAGGAGGCCGAGGAAGAGGCACCUGCAGACGCUCCGGCAGAAGAGGUUGAGAAGGAGACAACAGAAGCUGCCGCCGAAGAGGAGGAGGAGGAAGAGGAGGAGGAGGAAGAGGAAGAGGAGGCAGCGGAAGACGAGAGUAAAAGAGGUGUAGAGGAGGAACCCCAGGAGGUUGAGGGAGAAGCCGAAGAUGAAAAGGGUGAAGACGAUCAACCCAUGUCCGAGGGAGAAGAGGAUUUGAUGUCCGAGGAAGAAGAAGAGCUCCGGAAGCUUGAGGAUGAAGAAGAGGCCCAGGAGUCCGAGGAAGAAGAGGAGGAGGAGGAAGACUAGAGGUCACGACCUGGAGUGGAUAAGGAUUUCUGAUUUUGUCGUCAAGCUUGGAGUGUCCCGUCCCCACCUAGCCUGUGCCCCAUCCUCGCUGAAACUCCAAGAUCCCCUUCCCCUCCUCCACACACGCACGCACACACACACACACACACACACACCUCAUUGGACACAAGCCCUGGCUGAAGCCCUGCUGACCAAUGAAGGCCUUCAUACCUCUGGACCCUCGAGAUCUCCCAGUGGACACAGAAACACGAAAACUCAAUUCUUUUGUUGCUGUUGCUGCUGUGUGAUCCCCCCCCCCCCCCCUAGAUUGUUCUGCUGCUGAUGAUGGCGGUGGCAGCUGCCAGCUUUUGGGUUUAAUCCAGAAGAAUACAGACAAUAACUCAUACUUAGAAUCUCACAUCAGACUUUCAAAUCUGUUAGAACACUUUCCUUUGUUGUACAUACAAAAAAAAAUAGAAUAGAUUUUUCUAAAAAAAAAAGUGUUUCUUACCCUUAUGUUGUCUGAUCAAUAAUGCUGUUACCAUGGUAGCCAUCAUACAUCUGAAUCGGUUGUUGUCUUGGACACAGGCCUUCAUUUUAGCUCACUUGAAUUUACUUUUGUUCUGAUGAGUGAAUGUUUUAUACCGCUGUGAAUGAACGUGAUCAUAGCACUGCCAAACACAGUCUCUACACCACAACCACUAGGUUCUGAGUAUUUAAAUAACAUUACAAGUUCUCUGUUGGUACACACUCCCACAAAGGACAUUUGUUUUUAUAUGCUUAGAACCUUAUGAUGAGGGUCAGGAGUUCUGGGGAACUAUCUACAUGGUUCUAGAGUCUUGUGAUACUUUGUGGAUUGGUUCUCUGGUGGUGUCCCUCUUCUAGUACCUUCAAAGGGUUCUAAGUAAUUGUUUGGUCACUGUGGUUUGGUUUUUCUGAGAGUGUAGAGGAACAACCCGUCAGGUUUGUACCCAUGACAAUGACGUGACUUUUAAACUGAAGUAGAGACAGAAUCACUAACAGUUAUGUUAACGUAUAGACACACAUAUGAUUCUGUAGGCUGUAUUGUAUUGUCUUGUCUUGUCUUGUCUUGUCUUGUCUUGUCUUGUCUUGUCUUGUCUUGUCAUGUCUGUCUGAUUGUCGAUUGCACUUAUUGAAUGUAGUAGGCAGAGGUGAAUAAACAAGCGGCCUUCUAAACGUCAAUAAAACAUAAGAGUGGUGUACGCAAGGCUG